AUGUCAUGUUCAUCAGGUUACCGUCGUGGUCAGGGUGUCACCAUUUCGACACAUCCACCGAUCUUCCAGCCACUUCCCUCACGACUGUCUCCAUGCACGGUUUCUUAUCCUCCUCUUCAUCUUCUUGGUGUUCCCCAAGAAAUUCGUGAUCGUAUAUUCGACAUUAUCGAUGAAGAUACCGGCAAAGCUUGCGCGAAAUCACUUGAAAAUCUUCCAGUCACAGGAUACGAAGCAUUGCCUCUGAUUUGCAAGCAGCUCUCCCUCGAGACCAGCACUACAAGCGACUGGCUGCCUCGCAAUCGGAUCGUACGUCACAAGCAAGUGGGACUGUUCCUUGAUUGGGCUAUCUACAACACGCCAGUACUCCCUCAACUGCAAAGUCUCACCAUCGAAUUACCACAUGAUAGCCCGACAACGAUCUUUACGCGUCUGGCAAAGCUGUUCCAGGACGAUCUUACUGGCCUCCAGGAGCUCAAGAUCCUCGGAGUGGGCCACGAUCGCUAUGGACAGAAGAUGUUCUGGCGAGACGAGCGAUGUGGCAAGAACGAUACAUCCAUGAGCAACAGCACCAGAGGGAGGCUUUUGAUCGAAGCUCAAGAAUGGAAACGCAGAAUGGUUGUGAUCAACGCUCUGGAACGCCUUUCAAACCUGGAGGUCUUGGUCAUUGACCAUUUCAACCUCCCAGUCACCCAGGCACAUGUGCUGAAGAACAAGCCACGUCUUCGGCGACUUCGCAUUGGGACAGAUGAGCGGUCAGCCCUUCAUCACGAAAUGCGGUCAAGCAUCGGAAAUCUUGCGUUACCUCUCAAAGAAAGCGCUCCUGCCCUGAGAGAGCUCAACUUGUGCGCCAAUGGGGUCUUGACGACGUUUGGUAUUAUUGAUAAAGUGGCCGAAACACUGGAGAAGCUCACCUAUACCGUUCCCGACAGCUGCCAUCAACCAGCAGGGAAUAUUAAUUUCCUACACGAAGCAGGCAUGGUGCUUGGCGUCCUCGGUCGAAAAGCCAGAAAGCUACGAGAAUUUCGCAUCUGUGUCCAUGGCAAUGUCUACGAAAUUCCAGCGCACAGUAAUUUCAUUGGCAACAUGAGACCCGCUCUGGAACGAAUGAGAGAGCUGGAGGUGCUCGAGAUGCACAUGCACCUGGAGUCGUUGUACCUCGCGUCAGAAUUCAUCGAAGGAACUCCAGGCUCCGUGGAACGACUCUAUCUCUCUGACCAGUUCUUCUGUAGGAGCGCAAAAAGCUUCGCGGAAAUCCUCAACUGGCAGAGCUGUGUGAUUGUCAAGGAGGACAUUGUGGAAGAGACCAUGAACAUCAAGCGUGAGCUCGACCGGAGGGACUUUAUACCAUUUUCUAAUCGCCUGGAGUUCAUUGAAUACGAGUUCCACAGCAACCUGUCACCUCCCCAGCGACAGGAGCUACGCCGCUUGCUCAAAAUUAAUGCUAGGCUCCUGGACCGCGCUCGCAACAAGCACCUGUACUUCAACUAUGCCAGACACAUUCCAUAUGGCGUUUGCGAGGAGACGGUUCUGUCCGACGAUGUUUGGGAAGAUGCCGAGCUGCUCCAGGGCUCGCCCGCAGCCACUCCCGAAGAGAUGGACGGUAUUCGUGAGGACUUGGAGCAGUGUGGUUUAACAGACAACGAAUACUUUGGAACGGAGAACGACGCUUAUGCAGUCUUUCAGAAAGAGCCUGCUACGAAGAUCUCUGAUCGAUUGCCCGCGUCUUAUCCCUGCAUUGUCGCUGUCGAAGCGGGGUCUGAGCACUGGCUCAGCGGCCGUUAG